UCUUGUAUUGAUGAUAAGCGUUGUGUGUGUGUGUGUGUGUGUGUGUGUGUGAGAGAGAGAGAGAGAGAGAGAGAGAGAGAGGUAGAGGGGGCGGGAAAGAAAAGGGGACUCUCGCGCGUGUUUAUGUCUCAGUAUGUGACCAAUGGUGUGAGAGAGUGUUUGAGUGGUGAGGCGCAAUCCUUAAAAAAACACGCACACAAUUCACAAUCUGCCGCACACACACACGCAAACACACGCGCGCGCGCACUCAAACUAGCGGCAGAAAGCGCGGAGUUUUGUUGUUUUCAGUCAGAGGGACAGAGGAAAAGCGCACGGUGGAACGGAAGGAGAAGAGUCGGAGCAGCACUUUAUUUUUCUGUGUUUUCUUUGUGAAACUUUUUUCUGGUGCUGGGGGUCGUGCUGGAGCAGCAGGCUGAAGCUGUGUAGGGAUUUAUCGGCGCGCCGCUCCCUCUCCCUCCCUCAGCAUGCAGAGACCGAGCGGUCCGGGCACGGCGUUCUCCAUCGACUCGCUAAUCGGCGCUCCGCAGCCCAGACCGGGUCACUUGCUCUACACGGGCUACCCGAUGUUCAUGCCAUACCGACCGCUCGUGCUGCCCCACGCGCCCCUGCCCUCGGGCAUCCCGCCUCUGGCCCCGCUCGCCUCCUUUGCCGGGCGCCUCACCAACUCUUUCUGCGCCGGCCUCGGUCAGGGCGUGCCGUCCAUGGUGGCUCUGACCACCGCGCUGCCAGCCUUCUCCGAGCCGGCCGACGGGUUCUACUCCACCCAGGAGGCGGCGGGAGCGCGCCUGAGCGCAGAGCCCCCAAGCAGCGGCCGCGAGAGCCCGCGAGAAGAGCUGCUGCACCGCGACAAAAGCGCCGAGCUGCUCAACUUCACGCAAACUUUUCAGCCUGUAGCAGGUGAGACCAAACUGUACAGCUCGGAUGACGAGAAGUUAGAGCUGAAGUCGGGGGAGGCCGGGUGCAGCGACAGGGACGAAAGCUCGGGGGGCGACAGCGAGAAUGAGAGCUUUUCGGACGGGGCCGCGUGCGCACCGGGUCACGGGGGCAAGUUGAAAUCUGUUGGCGGCGGAGGAGGAGGAGGCUCUCGCGAGCCGCUGCCUCCAGGCGCUUCGGCAGCCAAGAGUCGUCGGCGACGGACCGCCUUCACGAGCGAGCAGCUUCUCGAGCUGGAGAAGGAGUUCCACUGCAAAAAGUACCUGUCUCUGACGGAGCGCUCGCAGAUCGCGCACGCGCUCAAGCUCAGCGAGGUGCAGGUGAAGAUCUGGUUCCAGAACCGCCGCGCCAAGUGGAAGCGCAUCAAAGCGGGGAACGCGGGCGGGCGCUCGGGAGAACCCGCCAGAAACCCCAAAAUCGUCGUGCCCAUUCCGGUACACGUGAACAGGUUCGCCGUCAGGAGUCAGCACCAGCAGAUUGAGCAGGGCGCCAGACCCUGAAAACAAACACAAACUCCCAAAAAACUCCUAAAUCUGCUCCAACGACGAAAAUGCAUGAAGCACAAACAAACAAAGAGACAAAAGGAAUUAAUUCGAAAUCUACACGGAUUUCACCUUUAUAUUAAUAGAUGUUUUUAAUACGAUAUUUUGUCGAGGUUUUAUUAUUUUUGUUUUCCCCCAUCUUAAUUGUGUCCCGUCUUUAAUUUAUUGCCUUGUACAUUUGUAAAUAGUAAAACGUGUCUGGAUGACACACACGUGCACUAUGAAAUAUGGCUGUAAAAGAACGUUUUUAAAAGUAUUUAUAAGUUGAUGUCUAGUUUUGUUAUCUGCACGUGCUACCCCCCCCCCCC